AGCUUCGCACCUCCUCCACACGCAGGAUAUUAUUAUAUUGACCCACUCAGUUCUAAAACAAAAACGGUCAUCUGCAUGAUCCUCGUACAAUUCAUUGUAAUUUUAAGCCCGACCACAGCGACAGAACCCUGACCCUCACACUUCUUUUAUAAUUACUAUGAUCCCACCUGUUCAGAAAUAACUUUUCAUCACUUAUCCGAUCUUCACGCCCCCACAUCAUCCUGAAAUAAACGGCUGGUAGAAUGAUGCAGCAACGAAAACGCUUCAUCCCGGUCUUGGCGGCGGCAGUUUUGUUUUUGGCCCACUUUCAAGUUCUUCACCAAGUAGUGUUUUGCUACACCCUGAAGCCCACUGCCGUUCACACGUCGCGAGAAGCGCAGCCAAACAAGGCGCAGCUACACUUCGGGAGCAAGAACAGGAGCGCCGAGAAAUCUACAUCGACGGGGGGCGGCGGUAAUGCGAAACUUAGUACGCUUUCGUCCUCAACAACACGUAGCCGGAUCUCCAACAAUGAGCAGCAGAAGAGCCCUGAAAUUGCUGGUGAUAUUACCUCCAGGUGGCAGGAGGAGAUGAAGCAACAUGCUCUUGGCGAAUCAACAAGUCUAGGACGAGGAAGUAGUGCCUCCGGCUCCGCAUCCGCUUCCGUUUCGGCUUCCUUGCUCGAAGAGGAGGAACAACUCAAUCGAGCAAACGCCGACACCAGCACAACUAGUGGAGAAACCAAUAGCCAGAAACUUCCAACUGGCCAAGUUGUAACCGAUAAAAUCGCAGCUGCGGUAAUGUUGCCUUCUUCUUUAUCGCCGGAGACAAUGACAAAACACAAUUCUGCCACCAUCUCGCGCGGCGGGCCCGCGCCGAUGCUCGGCGCCCCGAGUGCAAACGGACAAAGCACAGCUGCCUCGUCCGCCUCUCUGGAAUCUCUGAACGAGAAGCAGGACGCGCUGGAUGCGAAAAUGGAUCAGGUUUCAGCGGAUUUGACGGCGAAAUCCGACAGCAUUCUUCUCUAUCACAGGAAAAAGUGUUGUUUGACGUUAAGAACAAGUAGUACGGAAUUUGUGAUGCAGCAGCGCAGCCAAUACCAAAAUUCGUCAUGCAUAGCAUGGUGCAUGUACUAGGCUAGACUUGUGAUGCAUUAAUACUGCUGCAAUCUGUGAAAACGAAAUAAACCGCUCACGUAUAACGCUUUUGCUUGUGAUAUCCUCCAGGUCGAAACCAUGAAUGCGGAUGUGAAGGCGCAAGUGGAGAGCAUGCGCAGCCAAGUGAUGGCGGAGGUGACAGCGGUGCAGUAUCCUGAUUAAAAACGUCCCCACACCAGAGUCAAGAUGGGAAAUCUCCUAGACAAAUCAACCCGCUUUGGUUGUUUGGCAUGACAAGUCUGUCCUCGUAGUGUAGCCCUGUUUCAGGUAGGUCAGCAGCGUCACAGAUGUAUCAUAGCAUGCUGGUGGUCCUACCAUUAGCAUUACAAAUCUCAAGACACGAUUAGAAAAUGCUUCUCAUAGGGCUCCGCAUGAGAUGAAACUUUUUUGGCAUGCAGAAUUGCAUGACAACUCUGGGCCUGGGGACGUUUUUACACGGGAUAUGCAGGGUAGCAUCACGAACGAGGCCCGGCUGAAGGAAAUGAUAUGAAAGCCUCAGAAUGCAAAUCCUCAAAGUGGAAAUAAUUUGUAAUGCAAAAAAACGACUCCAGUCGAAGCGCCAUUUCUAGUCGGCGCAUGACAAAUUUACCGGGCACUCAAAGCAUGUCUGUCAUGCUAGCUAGGGCAAAGGGGUGCCCUUCUCUCGUGCUGAUCAGCAGCACAGUUCUGAACCCGUAGAAGCACAAUAUCAAUAGUCGGCCGCCAUUGCGUCCUGCUCUGCAAUACAGUCUUUUUGGUGUCGCAUUUCAUGCGUCACAAAUUAUUUCCACUUUGAGAAUUUCCAUUCUGAGGCUUUCAUAUAUGAUUGAAGCCGCCGCGAAGGAUUUCUUGCCGCCCAAAGUUAUCCUGAGUAAGAACAUCUUCAUCAUCCCCACGAGGACCUGGACCCCAUAGUCAAGUUCUUGGGAACUGAGCAACACAGUAAAUCCAGAGUUUUUGGGCGUCAGCACGCAUGACAAGUUUUUCUCCGUAUUGUAUAUUAUGCAGGCUACUCCUACUUACCAGGGACAGCAGCAUCAAAAAUUCGUCUCGUCCUCAUCCUGUUUACAGCAUUACAAAUGUUGCCAAAGCACGACUGACAAUGCCUCUCAUGGGACUGCGCAUUUUUACAAGUGUAGUUUCUGUGAUUGCAAAUCUGCAUGACAAGAGCUCUCGGGUGGAGACAUUCUUACUCGGGAUAAAGGUUGUCGAACUGUUGGAGGCGAUGGAUUGGUAUGAACUGCAAAAGUAUCGUACUCGUAUAAAUGCAUGACAAAUUCCCUCAGCAUGAGAAAUAAAAUUUGUAAUGCGGAUCUACCUUGAGAAAAAAAAUGCAUGAUUGCAAUACGCGUGCGAUACUUUUGCACAGGAUAAUUGGGACCAGCUUGAAGCGGAUGCGAUUUCCAUCAAAGAUAUCAAAUGCCAAUAUGUCUACUGGGUCUGGAAACUUGUGAUGCUAGUUUGUGAAUGGAGGUGGCCACUACAUUCAUUGCAAUACGCAGCUAUGCAUGACAAGUUUUUUAAGCUCAUACGUGAUUCGCUUUCUGCAUGGAAAGGUGCAUUGUUGCGUGACAGGCAAUCGACUUUUUUGUUUUUCCUGCUCCUGCAUUACAGAUUUAAGCGACAACGGCAUGCGCAUGAUCAUGCGCACGUGAGACUACAAGCAUGACAAACUUGCAUUCGUCCAGACCCAGACAUGAUCCUUGCACUGUAUAAAAAAAAAGGUUGUCUCCGGAGUGGUCUGCCUGGGGGUGUUCUGGGUCGUCAGCACCGUGUUUUUUAUGGCGUUCUCAAACGUUACAUUCUCAACUGUUACAUGGAUUUGUGAUGCAAGAACAGCAAUAGUAAAAGUGGCAAUAUUGCAGCUUUCGCAUCACAGAUUUGCCACAGAUUAUCAUGCUGCUUAGCCAUUCGAAAAUUUGUCAUGCUAAGCACCUUGAUCAAGUGGAGGCUGAUGGCAACUUUGCAUGACAAAUCCGUGUAACAGUUGAGAAUGUAACCGUUGAGAAUGCCAUACUUUUGAUCCUCGGUGUCUGCCUCACCUGUUGCCAGGUGGCCAAUCUGUCGCGCACCGCCGCGGCCAACGCGGCGCGAGGACCGGGUAUGACAGUGCACAACUCCCCCUCCUUCUCAUAAGUAUAGCAUGAACAGCAAUAGUACAAGCAUCAGAAAGAGUGCCGGUUUUGCAUCACAAAUUUGCACUGGAUUAUAGUGUCAUUUAGGCUACCAGAACUUGUCAUGCAUAAUAGUGACAGGAGGGAAAGCUGCGUGGAUUUGGUACUUUGCAUGAGAAGUGAGAACGAGAGGGAGUUGUGCACUGUCAUACCGGGGCCGGUUGUGCCACAAGUCCAAACUGUAGUGGAAGAGUACCUAUGCUGUGCAAAAGUAUCGUAGUAGUAUAAAUUGCAAUACAAAUUGGGUCAGCAUUACAAAUUAAAUUUGUAAUGCGGAUUUGCCUUAAGAAAGAGAUUUGUAAUGCAUAACUGCAAUUACUACGAGUACGAUACUUUUGCGCAGGAUAGUACCACUAUGUCGACGAUGUCACAACGGCGCCGCCGACCUCGAAGAAUAUCAAAUGUAAAAAUGUCUGGGUCUGGAAGAGUGCAUGUUUGUCAUGCUUGUCUGGCAUGACUCUUGAAUCUGUCAUGCACGUUACCCAAGAGCUUAAGGGGUCCCAUUCAAUCGAAACCGAAACCUCGUGUAUAGCUAUCAAAAGGUGGAGCUGAUAUUUUCAAAGGUGGGGGUCGAAAUUUUCAAAGGUCGGUUUUCAAAUUUUCAGUUGUGGAAUUUGUUAAACAAAUUUCACAACUGAAAAUUUCAAAACCGACCUUUUCAGAAUAUGAAAAGCAACCCAAGCGACUCAACUUCUUGACCGAUUACAACACCAGAGGACCGAGAUCGCUGCCACCGACGCGGAGACUUUGGCUCACGGCAACUGCUGCGGGGCCGCAGUGCGCCGCGUUCUGCCUUGCAGGUAAGUAAGCGAGGUGUCGCACGUAGCCCCCCGGUUUCGGGUGGUGCAACUGCCGCCAGCAAGGGCGAGAAACGGCCAAGGCUAGGCGGACAAGGAAAAGCGGAAGACACAGAAGCGCCCCAAAGCAAUGCCGGAGGCAAUGCAGGGGCUGGCAAGGCAGGCAAAAUAGCGGGUCGGCGAGCUAUUUCGCCGGCGGUCCCGACUCCCAAAGCGCGAGCCCAGCCGGAAACGGGCGAGAGGCGGAGCGAGGGCGCGCCCGCGCUUCUUGGCGCGAGUGAAGCCGGGCCCGGCAGCGUUCCCCCCGGUUGUUUUUUUUCCCAAGCGGGGGGCCGCUUACUCUCCCUCGCCAACAUUUGGCGUCCGCCGGGCCGGCCAACAAAAUGCGCGACGUCGGUGCCGCGCAACGCUGCGCGCAAAGUUAAUGACAAAAAACGGCGGCACUUUUCCGCAUCCAAAGCCGGCACUUCAGCAGACAUCUUCUCGGCAUUUCAACAGAAACGAGAAAAAACGUCGAAAAAGCCGGCGUCCAAAAUCUCCAACUUCGGAAUCAUUCCACAGGACAUAGGUUCUCAGCCUAUAGUUAUAGGUUGAGAACCUAUAUGGCCAAAAAUCACAUAUCCGAGAAUUCCGUUUUUCGGAAUGAUUCCGUCAGAUGAAGGUUGGAUACCUCCAAAUGGAGGUUGGAUACCUUCUGGAGAAGGUUUCAACCUUCUCCAGAAGGUAUCCAACCUCCAUUUGGAGGUAUCCAACCUUCAUCUGACGGAAUCAUUCCGAAAAACGGCACAGCAUCCGGAGCAAAAAAGCAUCGCACUUUAUAGGUUCUCAGCCUAUAGCUAUAGGCUGAGAACCUAUAUCCUGUGGAAUGAUUCCGCAGCCUAGGAGGUUUGGGUGACGGAAUUUUGGAGGUUUGGGUGACGGAAGUUCCAACCGUUGGGCGAUUUAUCUCAACCGAGCCUAGGAAUUAUUACGCCACUGUCUGGCGCUUCUCGAUGUCUUUUCGAGAAAGUGAAAGGACAUCGCGACGAACCUGCGGCGCGAUGGCUGCGGGGCUGCCACUCUUUUUUUGUAUUGUGCGCAACGGAAUCUGCGCAAUUCGUUCCACUUGAUACGCACCAAAAAAACCUGCCAGCCCGGUAGGAGCCCCGCGCCAAAAGUGGAAAGCGCCAGGCGCCGGGGCGGCACGGGGCUGGGAGAAAUUACCGGCGGGCGGCGAUCUUCUUGCAGUCUGUGCGCUGCAGCGCUCGCGAAGUUGCCGUCUGGGGAGUGAAGCACUUGCGCCCCCCAGCGUUACAAUGGCCCGCGCUGCAGUUUCGCUGCCGCAGGAAGCAUGCCCCCCGCGGGCUCGCGCCCGACGAGGCGCGUAAGACUUUGCGGCCGCGUUCUCACGAUAUAUCUCGCGGAAGCCCUUUUUUUUCAAGUCCCCAGGCGCCCAGGCUCAGGCAUGACCAUCAAAGGUCGGGCCGAAAAGAAUCCUUGAACUUUGAAAAAAACCCUGAAAAUUUGGCGAAAGAAUCUGGCUUCGUGCAGCAUCUUUUUGGCGCGAUUUUGCUGAUUUUCUACCAAAAAUAACGCCGCACGAAGCCAGGCGCUGUCGCCGAGUUUUCAGUUAUUUUUUGCAAAAAAAAAAAUUCAUUUUCGGCGGACCCCACCUUUGAAAAAAGCGACCCCCACCUUUGAAAGCUCCAGCUCGAGCUUUUGGGAGCUAUGCACGAGGUUUCGGUUUCAUAGAAUGGGACUCCAUACAAGAGCUCCAUUUUUCUGUGAUGCAAGAACGCAGUUUAUCAUGCAGAAUAGGCAACACCUAGAAGCUCAGAAACGUGUCAUGCUGAGCCAGCAUUUGUGGCCUCAUCAUGAGACGCCACCCAGCAUCACAAGUUUCCAGACCCAGUCCCAGACAUUUUUGCAUUUGAUAAAGAAGCGGGCACAACGAUCAUCGUCGCGGGACGCCAUUUCAGAAACCUUCAUUUCGCCCAGAAGAUAAGUUUUUUCGAGUGAUCAGCGAAGGGCUUCUUGUUCCUUUCACGGGGAGACCGACUGUCGAAAUAGAAACUUCAUAAGAGCUAAAGCACAAAAAGCUUUAUCUAGUACAUGUUCGGCCAACUGCUCUAACUGCUCCAUUCUAGCGUCAUUUUAGUAUUUAUUUGUUCUUGUUCAGCUCCUUUUAAGUAUUUGAGCAGAUCACAGACAAGCAAAGGAUCGUCCCCACGGACGAGGACCAAUUGUUCCUAAUCGGACGCAGCUUCUGCUGUUGCUGGGUCACCAGGGGAGGCUACAUGUCCUUCUCGGUGAAACAUGAAGAAGAUGAAAGGUGACAGGUUGCUGUUGGAUAUGCAACACACGACCUAUGUGACGCA